AUGGAUGUCGGAGACUCAAGGCUGGCUGUCAUUCUGGAGAGUGCCCGCGAAGGGCUUUCUGGGCUUCCAGUUGAUGUGAGCGAAAUGAUUGUUGUGAGAGUGGUGCCGUCGAUGACAACAGUGGUGGUAAACAAAGCCCAGUUUGGCGGUGUGAGGAUACCUGAUGCUGCAGAACCAGACAAAAUCGAAGUUACCGUCGUGCUGUUGAUAGAAGUGGUCUCUGAUGCGAACACUUCAGUAGUAGGCGAGGAAGGGGAAGCGAAAGAUGACGACCGGACUGUCGUAGUGGAGUUACCAGAUGGCGGAGGCCAAAGAGUAGAGAUUGAAGCUGAACUAUCCAGGCUCUGGUUUGUUGUCGUUAUGCUUGAAUCUCGAUCUAUACUGGUGCUGGGCUCGGGAUUUGGACUCGAUACAAGCCCCGAAGUGGUGGGUGUUGCUGCUGAAGAGCGCCACGCGUUGCUGCUGACUGAAAUAGCCCAUGUAGUCGAAUCAGAGCGUUCUGUACUGGUGCUUGAUGUACGAUCCGCAAUUGGUGCAGACCGAGUUGUGCUUGGUGUCGCUGAGAAUGUCCAAUCUGAGGGGGUUCUUGUGUCGAGGCCCUUUGUCGGAGUGCUUGUUCUUAGAGAAGUGUUUGUGUGGCUUUCAUCUGACGAUUCGCUUUCGAAGGGAAGUGGAUUCGAAGUAAAGCUAACAUGA